CCGUCCCGGGCGCUCGCCCCCGAUAAUGCAGAGCUACAAGUACGACAAGGCGAUCCCGCCGGAGAGCAAGAAUGGGGGCAGCCCGGCGCUCAACAACAACCCGGCCAAGAGCAGCAGCAAGAAAGCGCUGCUCAUCUGCCUCGACUGCCUCUGCCUCGUCAUGGCCGGGUUGCCCUUCCUCAUCAUCGAGACAAGCACAAUCCAGCCCUACCAGAGGGGCUUCUACUGCGACGACGACAGCAUCAGGUACCCGCAGAAGAACGUGGAGACCAUCAACGAUGCGGUGCUGUGUGCUGCGGGCAUCCUCAUCGCCAUCCUCGCGAUCAUAACGGGAGAGCUCUACCGCAUCCACUACCUGAAGGAGAAAUCCCGCUCCUUCAUCCAGAACCCCUACGUGGCAGCUCUCUACAAGCAAGUGGGCUGCUUUGUUUUUGGCUGUGCCAUCAGCCAGUCCUUCACAGACAUUGCCAAAGUGUCCGUCGGGCGCUUGCGGCCGCAUUUCCUGGCCGUUUGUGACUUGGAUUUCUCCACCAUCAACUGCGCCAAGGGAGUUUACAUCCAGAACUACACCUGCAGGGGAAGUGACAGCAGGGUGCAGGAAGCCAGGAAAUCCUUCUUCUCUGGGCACGCAUCCUUCUCCCUGUACACCAUGCUGUAUUUGGUGUUCUAUCUGCAGGCCAGAUUCACGUGGAAGGGAGCCCGCCUGCUGCGUCCCCUGCUGCAGUUCACCCUCAUCAUGAUGGCGUUCUACACCGGGCUGUCGCGCGUCUCCGACCACAAGCACCACCCCACCGACGUGCUGGCAGGCUUUGCACAGGGAGCCCUGGUGGCUUACUGCGUGGUGUUCUACGUCUCAGAUCUCUUCAAGCCCAAGACAAAGACUUGCCUGCCUCCACCUCCCAUCCGGAAGGAGAUCCUUUCACCUGUGGACAUCAUUGAGAGGAAUAAUCAUCACAACAUGGUGUAGAACUUCGAGGAAUCAGAU